AACGCCUACUAUUUGUGAAGUACAUUGUGAAUUAGUAAUUAUGUGGAAGAAGAAGAAUCACGUGUCAAAUGAUUGAAGUUUGAUUUGUGCAAUGUUUUUAUUAAGAACUACAUAAGACUUGAUAAAAUUGUAUAGAAAUGGCAAAAAAAGAAAAUAAAGUGGAGAAAACUUCACCAGCAACACAAAUUAAAACCAAAGCUAAAAAACGAAAACAUGUCUCAAAAGAUAAUGACGAGGAAGUGGCCAGCAAGAGCUUAAUCGUUGAAGCAGUGGAAGAGCAUGCGGGGGAAAAAACCGCUGUGAAAGCGCUGAAGCGUAAAAAUAAAGAGAAGGGUACUAUUAAGGAAAAACGUAGCAAAACCAACAGUGGGCAGGAUGAUGUAGAAGGCGCUGACAAUGAUGUAGAAGCAACAGAGGAACCCACGUUGGAGGAGUUGCGUGAAAGUGAAAAGCCAGAAAAUGUGAAUGCUGUAGUAACCGUGCGUCAAAAGAAGAAACAAAAGCACAAACAACGACUCGAAUUGCAGAAAGAUCAAACAGAAAGCAAGGAACGUUACCGCAACGAAGAGUACCUGCGUAAGUGGAAGAAUUCGCGUUCAGAGUGGAAAUUUGAGAAACUGCGACAGAUUUCCAUACAGCAAACUGUAUUUGAUGAAGAUAAAAUCGGUGCAGAGAUGUGGCCCAUUGCACUUGAGUACUUGUCAGGCUCCAAGGGCGCAGCUAAAGCGCAAAUCAUAAAAUUAGCCGAACAGUGUAUUGAAAAGCUGGACAAGCAAUGUGGCGAGGAAAUAAGCGAGGAAGAGCAGAAAGCUAUAUACGAUUCCUCAAAAUAUCAACGUGCACGUGAUUUGCUACAAAGUUUCGAUUAAGCAUUUGGGAAGGCGGCGAGAUAUCUUUUAAAAAAUUAAUAUAUGCUUUGUAGUAUGUAAAUAAUUUUAAAGGACUUAAGUUUAUAAAGUUUGUUUUUGUCAAAA